AUGUCCGAGCCUCCCGUGGAGCCCCUGAGCAACUCCACGGAGAUGCUCUUCCAAGCAAACGUCAGCCCUAAUGGACAAACGCAGGAGGAUUUAUCGGCGGAGCAGCUGGACGACCCGGAGUUCUCGGGCGAAUACGCCGAUCAUGGGGUCAUGUCCGACGCUGCUCCCGACUGCCAACAGGACGGCGGCGGCCAGCUGCUCUCCACCGCAACCAAUCUAAGCCAAAAAUCUCCCGGGACGACAUCCACGGCAUCCCAAGGCAUAGUCAGCGCCGCGCAUGCCGCUCUCCUCGCCAACAAUCUCGCCCGGCAGCCCGGCGUGAACCUUUCAAUCGACUACGGAACGGAAAUACAUUUGACGGAUAGCUGCCCGAUUGGACAAGGCCAGUUUGGGUCCGUGUACCGGGGCGUCUAUGCCGGAAAAUCGGUGGCCAUCAAACUCCUGCCAAAGAUGUUUCUCGGAGAUGCGAGCCCCGCUGACGUGGAAACUUUCAUCCAGGAAGCUGCCGUACUGAGCGGAGUUGACCACCCCAAUGUGGUCAAAUUCUACGGCGGGUCACUCAGCCCCCCGUAUCUCAUGGCCCGCAGUCUGGCCGAUGUGCUGUACAAGACCCCCCAGGAGCCCUUCCCGCUGCGGCGAGUGGUGUCCGUGGGGCUGGACGUGGCGCGGGGUCUGCAUUACCUUCACUGCUGUAACCCGGCCAUCGUUCAUCGAGAUCUCAAGAUUCCUCCGCUCCUUACCCUCAUCCUCUCCGUCGCAUCCACGCCCGAGAACAUCCUGUUGAGUGCGGAAGGUAACGCCAAAAUAUCGGACUUUGGACUGGCAAGGUGCAAGUAUCAGUCGUACGUGAAGACCAACCGGCGGGAGGCGGGCAGUCUGGCGUACAUGGCUCCAGUCUUCUCGUUCGGGGUGUUGUUGUGGGUGAUGCUCACCCGACAAGUACCCUGGCAGGGCAUGCGGACACACGAGUUCCUGCAGCGUAUGGUGAUCGGCGGCGGCCGUCUGGCUGUCCCUCAGGACGACAGCAUGUGCCCGCUGGCGCUCAGGCGGCUCAUGUCCGUGUGCUGGGCGGACCUCCCCUCAGAGCGGCCGUCGUGCGAAGAAAUCAUCGGGGAGCUAGAACGCAUGCUGAAGUACAUGCCCGUGGACAGCACUUGA